AUGAACUGGUUUGGAAGCAAACAGAAGACAAAUGUACCUUCACAGACCAAUCUACAGGCUCACAGAGCAAAACAGAUCGAUUCUUUAAAAAAGAACAACUUGAACCCAAUAGAGACUAUACCAAACACAGAAUACAGAGUGACAUGUCAGUGUGGAGGGAACAACAUCAUUUUGAUAAUAUCCUUACCCCCACAGUUCCCUCAGGACCCACCCACAGUGACAGUCACUCCACCAGUGGUUCAUCCUUGGGUAGAUUCUACUCAGAAAAUUGUUGGCUGCCAAAACCUGAACUCUUUUUCGAUGCAUUCUAGUCUUGGCAAUGCUGUUCAGUCUGUUGUUGAAGAAUUCAAGAAGAACCCACCACAGAUACGAUCACAGUCCUAUGGACCUCAGCUCGGAUACCAGCCAGUGCCACCUCAGAAUGCUCAUUUCUCAGGAUUCAGUGCCGGGGGAAUGGCAGGAUAUCCAUCCCCACCCACACUCCCUCCAUCUGUCCCGGGGGGUAGCACAGUAUCUCCUGUAAUUGACAGAAGACCUCAGACUGAAUCAUCAGAAAGCAUUACUACACAAAAUGGAGGCAUCCCAGAUAUAAAAGUCGCCUUUCCGGAGCUUAAGAGUAAAACUCUGACUGAGCUAAAUUCUAUGUUGAAUGAAGAGGAAAAAAUACUGGAAAUGAUUCAGAAUCUACCAGAUGUUACCAAACUAGCAGAGGACCGAGAAAAAUUAUCAAAUGAAUGUAUAAACUUGGCAAGAGAGAAUUUGUCUAUCCUGUUUGAAAACCUGCUGGAGGAGUUUGAGAGUAACCAGGAACAGUUGAUGUCUGAGUCUGACAAAUUCCAGCCCACAAACAUUCAAACUUGUCUGAAAGUGUCGCUGAUGGAGGCUGAGGAAGAAGCUGAAAACAUUGUAGGGGAAUUGAUGGACAAAAAAAUCAACAUUGAUGAAUUUAUACAGCGGUUUAUACAAACACGAAUGCUGUGUCAUACACGCCGUUCCAAAGAGGAGAAACUACACCAGAUCAUCAUGCAUCAUGGCUACUGACAGUGCUAUUAACAUCAUAGUGAUUAUAAUCAGGAAACUCACACAGAAUAUUGCUUUGGGAAGGAGAAGAAACUUAUCCUGGAUCAUUCUGCUAAUCCACGAAUAUUGUGAAUCAUUCUUCAGGAAGAUUUGCCACGGCACUGAUCCUAGUAAUGAACAUUGCAUCACUUAUGGUAUAGAAUCUUCAAGCAGAAUCUGCCAUGGCGCUGAUUUUAUCCAUGAACAUUGCAUCACUUAUAGUAGACAAUCUUCAGGCUGAUUUGCAGCGGUGCUUAUCCUAGUAAUGAACAUUGCAUCAUUUAUGGAAGCCAAUCUUCAGGCUAAACUGCUAUUUGCCUAGCAACGGGCAUUGAAUCAUUCACGGUUGUUUUCCUUCAAGCUUAGACAAAAUAUUCUGUCAUGAUGCUGUGUCUUACUAGUCAUUGUCUGUUAUCAGCUUUUGCUUCUAAAGACUGCACUCUGAGCUCAGUUGCUUAAGAAUCAUGAUCAUUUUGAUUUGGAGAAUCACAGAUGUAAUUCAGUGUUGUUUAGUUAAAGGGCCUGGUUCCUGUGAGGUUAUGACAGAUGCUAUAAGAAGUCUUCAGUUUUCACUUAUAAAUAGCAAGUGUGUCCAUAUGAGGCAAAUAAGGGCAAAAACUGUUAAACAAAAACUUUUUACAUGCCGAUUGUAUGUGAUAUUUUUAUAAAAUUGAUUUUAUAUCACAGUCCUUCGUGUACAUUAUUAUCCUUUUUGUAAAGCAAAAUGCUUGAAUGGUUAUUUUCUGCCGAUAAAUUAUGUUUAUGUGCAUGCAGUUUAAGUUUUAAGUUAAGUUUUCACUCUUGAGACAAAUAUUUGUGGAAAAAAAAUAUAAGAUAAUAAUUCAGUAACUGGUAAAAAAAAUACAAGCCCCUUUGGCCUUUUUUAGCCCACCAUCAAAUAGAUGGUGGGUUAUUCAAAUCGCCCUGCGUCCGUGGUCCGUCGUCCGUCCGUCCGUCCGUAAACAAUUCUUGUUACCGCUAUUUCUUGGAAAGUACUGGAUGGAUGAUCUUUCUCAAAUUUCAUAUGCAGGUUCCCCUUGGUCCCUAGUUGUGCAUUGUACCUUUUUUGGACUGAUCCGAAAUCAAAAUGGCUGACAGGCAGCCAUCUUGGAUUUUGAGAGUAAAAUCUUGUUACUGCUAUAUCUGGGGAAGUACUGGAUGGAUCCUUCUGAUAUUUCAUAGAUAUUGGUUUCCCUUGGUCCCUAGUUGUGCAUUGUACCUUUUUUGGACUGAUUUGAAAUCAAGGUGGCCCACAGGCAGCCAUCUUGGAUGUCGACAGUAAUACAGCACAAGCAUAUUAUCCAUUAUCCACCUGUAACUGACUGCUAUCUAAUAAUACUUUGGGAUCUUUUUCAAAUGAUAUUUGCUAAUAGGUGCUUAAUAAAAAUAUCUUUCAUUCAAUGAAGACCAGUUCAUGAACAUUUACAACACCUGUAACAAACAAAAAAAAACCCAAAUCUUCAAGAACUGAAAACAGAUCCUCAAAUGGUGGGCGCCAAGAUCCCUCUGGGAUCUCUUGUUUAAGGAUGUGAUCUGUAAAUCAUUGCUGUUUUACAGUUGAGAAUGUGUUUAUUACUUCCCUGUUGAGUUUGUCAUGUUUACGUAUUCAUCAUGUACAUUUGAAUUCCCUACUGAUCUGGUUCAAUCAUGGAAAUCAUUGCUGCCAAUGAGUGACAGCAUGGUGAAGUCUUUAAGAUAUCCUUGGAGAUUUAGAUGUGGAUUUUAAGGUGAAUUUCAAAUUAAUGUUAAUAGAUAUGAUCAGGUAUGAGUGAAUUUAUAAAGAUAUUUGUUUUACAAACAUCAUAAUCCUCUGUAGAACUUCAGACUUUACUAAUAUGUACCUCACAUUCCAAUCACAAUUACAAUUUGUAUUCCACUUAACCUAAUUAUAACCCAACACUGAAAUUAAAUGUACUGGUACACCAUCUGUCUAUCUUCUCUUUAUAUUUCUACGUGUGACAGUGAAGGAUGACAUGACCUUAUUUAGGGAAAUAUGUUCUACAGUCUUUGUUGAGAAUUUCCUGUUGUAUUAGGUGCAAUGAAAUAAUACUUGCAUUUAAAUACAUACACUCUGUUCUUUUGUUUUGAAUAAAAUUUCCGUUCAGUACAAAUAUCAAUUUCAGGACCUCGGGGUUCCUCAUGGGGAGGUGGUAAAGUUUACUAUAUUUUAUAUAGGAAAACUAGAUUUUUUAGCAUAAUUUGUUUGAUUUCUAUUGGAAAUAUUUCCAACUUGGUUAGAAUUAUAAGUGAAGGAUGACAGCUUGAUGGUAUGCUCAUUUUGAUCCUGACUGACACCCAGGGGCUGAUGGGCGAAGCCAAAAGUGGUCAAAUUGACUAAAAUUUCAAAAAUCUUCUUCUCAAGACCCAGAUAUGGUAGAAUCACAUACUCUUCAUAAAUUGAAGCAUCUUAAGGUGCUUUAACUACCAAAAUGAGCCUCAAAUUUCUUCCUGGGGAGGAAUAUGUUUUUUAGACUUUACUGAAAUUUUUCAUUGAAAAAUUGCAUUUUUGAGCAAAUCGUUAGUUAUUAAGUUUAAUAAGAGUUAUCAGUAUAUGAUUACAGUUUUGAUGGUAUGCAUGUAUUGACACUGGCUUACUAUAUUCAGUGUCACAAUUUCUUGAUAACUCUCCUUUGACCUUUAUGUUCAAUAUUGCUUAUCUCAGGUGACCAUCAAGGCCACUAGGUCUCUUGUUAAAUCAAUUUUUUUAUAAGCUUGGAAUCUGUUACAAAUUCUUCUAUUUAAAACAUUCCAAGACUGCUAGUUGUAACUUACUUCUAAAAAGCAAAUUAACUUGAUUUAUUAUACUUAAACAUCCAAGAGAUUGGAAUCAUUUCAGAAAUCCACUAAUAAUCUUUGCAGUUUUGGCAUCAAUUAAUUGGUUUCCAAAAUAAAUUAAUUUUUUAUUAUUUGCCCAUCACCAGUAUUAGUGUUCUGAGCAAUAUUUAUUGUGCAAUAAAGGUUACACUGCAGGCUACAAAAUUCAGUCCAUAUUAACUUUGAGAUGUUAAUGUUGUGUGCAUCAGCUGCUUCUACUGUUCAGUGACAGCUGUACAUUACACAGAUAUCAGUUUGGAUUAGAAAUACCUGGGUAAUGCUUUAUUAACUAUACAAAACAUUGUAAUCUUGUAUAUUGAAAUUUGAUUUGAAAUAUUGAAACCAAGAUCAUGUCCCUUCCUACGUUUGUAUGUCAUAACUUUAUGAGAAGUUCAUACUUUUGUCAAAAAGGUUAUAUUGCCUGAAUGUUAGAAUAGACAGUGUGCUGCUUGAAUAGGCCUUACGUCGGAAAUCAUUUUAACAUAUUUCUGGGAAUUAUUUUUUUUAUUUUAUUACAUUCAGAGCUUAAGUGACAUAAAUAAUAAAACAAACAGUGAUAUACAGGAUUAACAAUCAGUGUAUUUUCUGCUAUGUUUAACCACAGUGACUUGAAUUACUACAGAUAUUUUUUGCACAGCGAACACAGGGGACGGAGAUUCAAGUUUCCUAACUAGUGGAAUAUAUCACGAGAUGAUAUGUCUACAAUAUUAUUUAUAUUACCGGUUAAAUUGUUUGUGUAUCCAUUGUACUGUUUGAUUGUGUUGCGCAUGGUUGAAUAAAUACUGUUUUUUCUAUA